AUGGCGGGAAGAAUCCCGGGAAUUAUCGUGGAACGAUUCGCGGCGCUGGAGAAAUCGCCGCUGCUGAAGCACUUGCUGCGGUUCGACGGGUUCAAGGAGCGUCUGCUGGCUGACGAUCUGUUCAUGACCAAAGUGGGGAUCGAAUGCGGCGUGGGCCUUUUCACCAAGACGGGAGCGGAGUACGAGAAGCGCCGAGAAAAUUUCUUCAAGGAGCUCGACUUUGUCGUUGCUGACGUGAUCAUGGCGCUGGUGGCGGACUUCAUGCUGGUGUGGCUGCCCGCGCCCACCGUCGCCCUCCGCGCGCCUCUCGCCAGCAACGCCGGCAAAUUCGCGCUCUUCCUCUCCAAGUGCCCCGACAACGCCUUCCAAGUGGCUCUGCGCGGAACGAGCUACUCUCUGCUCCAGCGAGUGGGCGCCAUUGUCCGCAAUGGCGCCAAGCUGCUAGGAGUGGGGACUGUGGCGUCUCUGUUCGGCUGUGGCAUGACCAAUGCGCUCAUCAUCGCGCGCAAGUCCCUGGCGGCGAAGCAAGCAGCAGCAGACGGCAGUGCUGUGGAGGCCAGUGCGCAGCAGCAGGAGGGGGAGGAGACCAAGGUGCCGAUUCUCGCAACCAGUGUGGCCUAUGGCGUCUACAUGGCCGUGUCAAGCAACCUCAGAUAUCAAAUCCUGGCGGGAAUAGUGGAGCAGCGUAUGCUAGAGCCCAUGCUGCACAACAAGAAGCUGUUGCUCUCUGUGCUGUCCUUUGCUGUCCGCACUGGCAACACCUUCCUUGGCUCCCUGCUGUAA